GACAGAAGAGAAGUUUUAAAAUGUGUGUUAUUCAUCCAGUUAGCCGGAGAGCAUGUUAGCUGCGGCUCAUCAUCUCUUCACCUCCACCCAGAGCAGCUGCUCGUUUACCGGUGUUUACCGGUGUUUACCGGUAUUUACCGGUAUAUUACACUACAGUCACUAACCCGGAAUAGUGUGAUAAGCAUCACUGUAGAGGAGCAUGGCGUCCAGACGGAAAUUUGAUAUCACGUUCAAAGAGAGCGUUUUGCAGUAUGCGGAGGAAAACUCCGGAGAGGAAACGGCGAGGCACUUUAACAUUGACACGAAAAGAAUCAGGGACUGGAGGAAGCAGAAGGAGGAGCUGCUGAUGGCGGACCGCGGGAGGGCGCGGGUCGCCGGAGGCGGGAGGAAGAAGGUGAGCGAGGAGCUGGAGGAGCGCCUCUCGGAGUGGAUCUACUCGACGAGGGACGAACGCAGCAGAGUGUCCAGAAACAUGAUCAAGAAGAAAGCGCUGGAGAUCUACCCGUCGGUGAGCGACGGCGGCAAGAUGUUUGUGGCGAGCACCGGUUGGCUGCAACGAUUCCUAGAACGCAACGACCUGUCGCUGCGACGCCGCACCGCCGUGCCCAAGGUCGACCCGACCGUCCUCAUCGAGAAACUGGUCGGAUUCAUCGACUACGUCGGCAAGACGGUGAGCUCCAAGCAGAUUCUAGAGAGGGACAUCAUCGCGAUGGACGAGACCGCCGUUUGUUUUGACGACACGGCGCCGCACACAACUGAUGCAAAGGGACACAAGAAAAACCAUCUCACUGUCGUCCUCGCCGCCACGGCCGACGGCACCAAACUCAAGCCGUUCAUCGUCUUCAGAGGGGCGUCGAUGCAGCAGCAGCAGCUCUCCGGCGCCGUGGUUAACGCGUCGGUGAACGGCUGGAUGAGCGAUGCUCUCACCGCACAUUGGCUGCAGUCCGUGGUGGGGAAAUCCAGCGCCGCCCCGCGGCUCCUGGUUUGGGACUCGUACCGCUGUCACAUCGGCGCCGCCACCAAAGCCGAGCUGAACUGCGGCUACGACAUCACGACGGCGGCGAUCCCGGAAGGCUGCACCAAGUACGUCCAAGCCCCCGACGUGAUGUGGAACGAGCCCUUCAAGCGGAAUCUCCACGACCUUUACGAGGAGUGGCUGGCCGGGGACGCGGAUAAGGAGUACGCGCCCGGCGGGAGCUUGAAGCCGCCCGCCCGCCGCCUGCUGGUGGACUGGGUGGUCGCCGCGUGGGACAAACUGGACACGGACAUGAUCACCAAGUCUUUCAAAGCGUGCGGACUGUCUGCGAAAAGCGACGGGAGCGAAGACCAUCUCAUCGCCUGCUUCAGGGAGGGGCAGCCCUGCGGCGCCGGGCGAGAGGCGCUCACUCGGCUCCGCCAGCAGAGCCGCCAUGCCGCCCAGGAGGAGGACGAGGAGGAAGAUGAAGAGGAGCUAUUUAACAAUGAACUGGUAGUUCUUGACGAUGAGGAGGAGGAGGAGGAGGUCCGAGAGCAGGCCCCGGUAAAACCAGCGAUGUCCGUCAUCCUCCAAACCCGCGGCGAAGCGGGCGGCGGCGUCGCAGCUCACCUGCAGUGCCCCCUCUGCGGCCACUUCUUCAAGAGCCACGCCCACCAGCUGACCCACAUGGCGGCCUCUCACCCCGCCCGCCUGGACGACGUGGCGGUGGGUCGCCUCGGCAACAUCGUGAUGUACCAGAGCACGGCGCGGCUGUUCCACUGCUCCGACUGCUUCUGCACCAGCCGAGACUUCGCCAAGCUGUACAAGCAUAUCAUCACCAAACACUGCGUGGACGAGAGGGAAGGGGGAGGAGGCGAGGAGCAGAAGGAAGGGGAGGAGGAAGAGAAGGAGGGAGGAAAGGAUAAAAAGAAGAGUGAUGCUGAGGAUGAGGAAGAAGUGGAGGGACACGAUGAAGAUGUCACCUCCCAGAAGGAGGAGUCGGUGAAAGCGGACGGCGAAGGAGAUGAGAGCGUGCUGAUGUUCGACGGCGCCGGUUACCAAUGCCUGAUCUGCGGCUGGAAAACCAAGCAGAAGUCUCUGGGUCUCAUCCACGUGGUGAGGAAGCACGACAUCCCCAAAUUGUACGCCGGCCAGGCCAUCAAACGGGACGCCGGGGCAGAGGAGGAGGAGGCGGCGGCGGCCGGGCUGAGCGGGGAGCUGCUGAAGGAGGAGAUGGCGGCCACGGCCAAAGUGGUGCGCUUCAUUUCCAACCGCUUCGUGUGUCUGAUCUGUGGCUGGAAGAACAAACUCAAAGGUUUUGCCAUCAGUCACGUGGUGCGCAGCCAUGACGUGGAGCGUCCGUACGCCUGCAAAGACUGCACGCUGUCCUUCUUCCUGCCCAGCCGGCUGCAGCAGCACGUCAACGCCGCUCACCGGCCCGGACGCUACGCCUGCCCCUUCUGCUGCUUCAGGUCCCACUGCCUGAGGGGCUUCAGGAGGCACUGCAGCCGCUGCAACGCCCGGGAGGAGGAGGAGGAGGGUGGAGGAGGAGGAGGAGGAGGAGGAGGAGCAGGAGGAGGAGGAGAGGAAGAGGAGAAUGAAGAGGAGGAGGAGGAGGAGAGGAAGGAGAGGAGAGGGGCGAGGAAAAGGAGGAGACCAGAGAGGGUGAUGGAGGAGGAGGAGGAGGAGGACUGAGAGGGAGGACUACAUCUCUUUACUGUAAUGUGAUGCUAACAGUUAGAAAGCUAUGUCAAAGGUCAAAGGUCAAACUGUGAGACACGACUCAAUCAUGAAUAAAUGUCUUUUUAAAAUAA